AUGAUAACGUGUACUGCGCGUACUUCGUCGACAUUACCAAACGACAUCGCUUUGUCAACGACGUACUUCACUGAGAAUGACCUCGAUCUUGCGGUGUUUUACGGAUGCAAUGAAAAGCAGAAGGAUGACAUAGUAAGAAGAAUCAGAUCAUGUGAUCUCAAGCACAACCACCCAUUACUCCUGCCCGGCUUGUUCUUCGAACUUGAACGUGUUCGCCUAGUAGACCAGGUGGAGGAUCUUUUGGAUAACUUCGAACUUCGGAAUAACUAUGAGUACAACCAGCUUGAAAACGUCGGCGGUACCAGAGGCCUUGACCUCGACAUGGACAAGAAAAGAAUGACAGACGUGUUGAAGUCAACUUACAGGUCCAGGGAACUGGUAAGCCUGAUAAUGGCCUUGAAGAGACAGCUGAAGAAGUUCGAGACGGCGAUGGAUUUAGUAGAAGCCAGUGUCAAGGAAUCAUCUUCACUUACCUUCUCUCCACGCUGUCUGACACGCAUCCCUUCGGCAACUUUAUCAUCAGCACCUGGGUCAACAACAAUCUCCCGCGCUACAACUCUGUAUGGCGAGGAGAACCACACGCAGCAGGGGCCACCCCAGCAGCUUUCCGGCGCAUCUAGCUAUGUAAGGCUAGAAAGAGCAGGGAAACAGAUUCGGGAAAGGUUGCAGGACAUCAUCUUCGAGUUUGAUGAUAAGAUCAAUGACUGUCAUCUCGUCAAGGACAAUAUGUCGCUAACGAUGCAAACGGUCUGGAGCUUCUUCUCACUCCAGGACAACCAGACGAACCUGAGGCUGUCACGACUUAACACCAAGCUAGCGCACGCAAACACCGGUCUUUCGGAGGAGAUGAAAAAGGACAGCUCGCAGAUGCGAUCGAUUGCCCUGCUGACAAUGAUCUUCUUGCCCAUGUCAACCGUUGCGGCGAUAUUCUCAACAGACUUCUUCUCGUGGGAUGCAGAGGGAGGUCAGACCGUUGUGUCAAAGUACUUCUGGGUGUUCAUCGUCGUUGCUAUCGCUCUCACCUGCAUCGUUGUUGGAGCAUGGUACAUGGCCACUCUGGCGAGAGAUCGCAAGGGCGAUCGUCAAUGUUGUAUACGCUUGCCAUUUAGUCUGUUCGGCAGCAAAACUGGAAAGAACAAUGGCGGCUUCCAACCCCACAAAACAUCGGGCGGAAGGAUUUUUGAUGAUGAAGAGAGGGGCAUUUCACUUGAUCUAGUCUAG